AUGAAGUGGCCGUCUGGACCACAUCCAGUACCUGUAUGGCAUCAAGAAAGGCGACAGGUGAACAAACAAAUCCUUGCGAUGAAUAAGCACAUCGAGACACUACUGGCCUCUUUAGCUGAAAAUGCGCGUACUCAGGCAGAAGUGCAUCAAGAUGUCCCCACCUACAAUAACCAGGAUACUCAGAAGUUGGUACGAGCAAUAAUCAACGGAGAAGGACUGCGACCGUCGAGGACGGCUGCACAAAGCGAGGGUGGUGCAGCUGCGGCUACACCAGGUGGACCACACAUGGGCGUCCGGACACCAGCAGCAAUGACUUCCCCACAACAAAGGAGAUAA